GUGCUUUUACCGCUUGCCGGACCACUAUUGUAUGUACAAGAUACAUAACAGCCCUGAGAUGGCCGCAUGAUAAGAUGGGAUCUGCGCUAGUGAGCACGUUAUUGACGAUGAUAUUGCGUGUCGCAAACCAGGUGUUGUAUGAAAGUUGCCUAGCGAGUUAUGCGAUUGAUGCAGAAGUGGAAGUCGUGCCAUUCAUCAUAUUACGGGUAAUAUGCGUGCAUUCCCUAGUAAUAUUAGUACCAAGGGCGCUACUGUGGCCAUGCGCUAUUGUUAACUCGGUUACUUCCCUGGCCGUCCUGUAUAGACGCUGCGGCGCUACGUGAACAUAGGAUAUCGUAGAAUGUUUUAUGGCAGGGUGCGUUAAAUGCUGAGUCGGUAGAUCCGUUGUCUUCGUUCGUACAGCGCUUGAGGUCGAAUUUGGUGCUCGAUCAUGAUGGGUCUAGUCACAGUCUCAUGAUGAGGUCGUUUCGCUCUAGAAUUUAAGCUGAUUGGGUAGCAUAAAUGGACUUAGGAUCAAGAAAUGAGCAGUCACUGAUCCUGUAAUCGAUGCAACGUUCGAGCA